UUUAGAUAGGGAAGCUUGGCAUUUAAAACUAGAAAUGCAAAGACAAGAAUUAGAACUAGAAAGGAAACGACGAUUCGCUGAGAUUGCAGAAAGGAAGGAAUUGCAAGAAAUGGAAGCUAAGUUAGCACAUGCUGAGCUCUUGGAACAAUUCGAAGUUGAUAGUGAUGAUCAGAUCUCCGAUGAUGGUAACAGAGAACUGAAUAUGACGAGUCAUGACUAUGAGGGAAAUGGACCUUAUGAUGAUGCGGAAUGUCGAGAUGCGGAGCAAUGUGAAGCGGAGCGUCGAGAUACAGAGCAUCGAGAUGCGGAACGUCGAGAUGCGGAACGCCAAGAUGCGGAAAGUCGAAAUGCGGACCGAGGAGAUGCGGAACGUCGAGAUGCGGAACGUCGAGAUACGGAGCGUCAAGAUGCGGAACGUCGAGAUGCGGAACGUCGACAUACGGAGCGUCGACAUACGGAGCGUCGAGAUGCGGAACGUCAAGAUGCGGAAUAA